UCAUGAGGUCAGACGCUAAAAUUUUACAGAUAACAGAUUUGUAUAAAUUAAGUAAGACGUUUCUUUCUAAGUACGGUGUAAUAUUGAACGAGAAAGAGACAUGUCUAUCAAAAUUCUGUGCGUAUUACUCGUGUUAGCUGUGGUUACAUACGGGUUUCCACAAGGAUAUCAACAACAAAACCUCGACCCCGCAUUUGGAAGAUACCCAAACCAAGGGUUUCCACAAGGAUAUCAACAACAAAACCUCGACCCCGCGUUUGGAAGAUACCCGAACCAAGGAUUCCAAAAUGGUCCAGGAAACUUCGGUCAGCCAGGUUUCGGACAGGAAGGAUUCGGUCAGGGCGGCUUCCCAGGACAGGGUGGAUACGGAAAUAUAGCUGGCAGCCAUCCCGGUGGAUACAAGGAACAUGGGUAUUAAUGAAAAAAUAUUUGUUUUUAAUUUUGUAAACGAGUAUGUUAUGUGAAUAAGAAUAAAAAUAUAUUUCUUUACACAAGUCUUUUAAAAGAUAACAAUCUAUUUUAUUUCACUUUCUAUCUAUAAUCUAUUAUUUUCAUUUAUCGAUCUCAGAUCUUGCUGAAAAUAGCGUUGUAAUAAAUGUUAUUAUUUUGU